GCUCUAUCUCUUAUCUUAUUGACAUUUCUAUAUAUGAUUUCUCUGGCUAUCCAGCCAAGCUAUCUUGAACCUCUUCACAUUCUCUUGUGCUUGCAGAGGUGCGAGAAACGACCGUCAAACUUGCCGCCAGGCCGUGUGCGGGCCGCUCGUCACUCCCCGCCGUUGCUGUUAACUUACAGUAACCAUCUGGAGUGUCUCGUACCUCGUACUAUUUUCACAUAUUCAAAUCUGCCGUUCGAGUGGCUCAUACAUCUCCAUAAAAGUUGAUCAUUGUCUUCUGUAAAUAACUGCAUGGGAAGCCUUCUACAGAAGCUUCGUUGUUGCCUGCCAGAACCCCGCGCGCUGCUGUAAGCUCAUCAAGAGCGUACCCAUGUCAUCCACGCAGAGGCCAGGCAGGACUGCGCCCGGUCUCGUACAAGCCCUUUGCGACUACGAUCCUGUUCAUCCUCCAGUUUCUGGACGCAAUCUCCUCUCACAAACCCCACCCGUCUUCCCGGAUCACUACGCUGGGCCACAGGAGUAUAUAUCUCCUUCAGCAUGUCGGCAUGAAUAUGUGACCAAGCCGAAGCAGACCCUUGUGCCUGAGCCGGAGAGGAGGAGCAGCGCGAACCCUCCCAAAGUGUCUGCCGUAUGCCGCAAGUGUCGCUGCCACCUGCAACUUGUCGUGCACUCCACACCUACGAUCGGCCAACACACUCAGAACUCGUCAACUCACUUGCAUCACUUGGUAUACAGAUCGGAAGGACAGGGUGGACGGGACAUCACACCAAAAGGACAGAAUGUAGAGACGUACGAGUUCGAAUGCUCCUAUCUCACAUGCCCUACGGUGGUGUCGGCUCGAAUCGUCUCUCCGGUUCUCUCCCAUGAAUGGGUGCAGUUAUUGACGGAUCCUCACCUCAUUCAGCAGCGAGCAGAGGAGGCUUUCGCAGCAGAGCCCGAGCGUCUGGAGGGCUUGGCCCUGCCGCAGCCCCUUAGUGUCCUUGAAACCCUUGGCGCCUACCUCUACAACUCGCUGAAUGCAGCUGACAAGAGCAAGUCCAUAUCAGCCAAUAACAAACGGUUCAUCACUUGCUUUGGCCUUGAUGGUGUUCCCUGCAAAGAUCUGCUGGAAUUCCUAGGAUUCACAAUCAAGAAUGAAGGUUUCUGGGAGCCUCCACGGACUAGUCCAUGGACAGAGCAUCCCUAUCGAGACCAGCUCAAGAUCUUCCUAGACGAUGUGUUGCACGAAAUCUCUUUCCUAAAAGAGCAGCGACCUGUAAUAGAAAAGAAGGGCCAUCAAGUGGAAGCUCGUGGCGAGCUAGCAACAUUUGACUUGCUUCGUGCCUUGGAUGCAGCUGAUUACCCGGGCGCAGAACGCUCGAACGAAUUUCAGAUGGCUCCCGCACCCUACUAUGAGGAUUUGGGCACGGUCGAUUUCAUGUCGUCCGCUACAAUUAUCGAAGCUUUCAAUAGGCAGGUAGCAGUCGACCCCGCACGGUCGCCAUUGUACCUGAAAUGCCUCAAAGAGAUUGGACAGCUAAGGGGCGGCGAUGAUGCUGCUGUUAUCGAGCAAGCGGUAAUCAAAGCAUAUGCAGAAGGCAGAUUCACCGACGAAGAUGUUGUAGAUGCCUACAAAUACUUCGGUCUGGCUCAUGACAACCCUCGGCUCACUGAAGAUAGUAUCAUUGGGACAUUCAACGCUUACCUCAGCUCCACAACCUCGGCCCAGGAAGAAGAGUCUCGCAGACAAAUGCGAAUCAUAGGAGAGAGUAGGCGUAGUGAUCGCAUCAAGUCAGUGGCGGACGAUAGCGUGACGACUGUGGAACAAGCCCAGGACUAUCUGGGUGUCACCAGCGAAACUGCGGAUGACUUCAUCAUUUCCUUGUUCACUGCCAAAGUCGAAGAUGCUCCGUCUAACAGGGACCUUGCACGGCGAGCUCUAGAGCUUAUUGCUGAUGCGCGGAAGUCUGAUGCGCUGAAGCACUUCCUCAAAACCGGCGAGAUGACUGCCGGUGAGAUGGAUAUCGGCGAUGCGUAUCGUCUCUUGCGCAUAGACAAUCGUAUGGUUGACGAUGACUUGAUUGAGGCGGCGUAUACAUGCUGUAUCGCGGAGGAUCCAAGCAAGAUCGAGAUGUACAACCAAGCCUUGCAGAUCAUUGGAAAGCACAAGAACAGCAGCUUCCUUUCAAGCAAGGCUACCGGAAUGGGCACUGGUCCGGAUCGUGACCUCUCCGAGUGGCCGGUUGGGUUGCAGAACAUCGGCAAUACCUGCUAUUUGAACAGCUUAUUGCAAUUCUACUUCUCUAUCCGUGGAUACCGUGACUUGAUUCUGCAUUUCGAGGAUUUCAGCAUGGAGUUGAGCGACGAGAACCUGAGCCGAAAGAAAGUAGGAUCCCGCAAAGUUUCACGGAAGGAGGUUGAGCGCUCUCAGCGCUUUGUGAAAGAGUUGCGGACUUUGUUUUCCGAAAUGAUCACAUCUCCGUUUCCUUAUGUCACGCCAAGUCAAGAGCUCGCGCGGUUGACUUUGAUUGGAACAUCAAACGAAGAAGCCAUCCGUCGCCGCUCUACCAUCUCAACUUUCAGGCCGGCAGCCGCAUUGGGAGAGCUCGAAGGAUUGCCCAUCCUCGGCCCUCUUGGGCCUCCGCAACCCACUGGGGAAGGAAAAACCCACAACUCUGACACAGCUACCACUGAAGUUCCAUCGGCUGAGAAGAAGAUCGCAGAAGAAACCCAAGAGCCUCGUAGUGACGACAAGGAAAAUAAACCACCAAUUGAUUCUACGAUGGAAGACGCGCAGACAGUAACUCCAGAGCCCUCCAGCGAUCUUGCCCCUGCAAGCCAGCGUGUGGUGGCGAGCCAACCCCCGCCAGUUCCGCCACGACCUACUCCUGUUAUUGACCCUCAGCGACUUAUUCAAGAGGAAUUGGAGAUUGGAGCCCAGCAAGAUGUGACGGAGGUUAUCAAUAAUGUGCUUUUUCAGAGUCAAUGCGCAAUCCGGCCUGUUGCAUACUCUGCCGAUGGCGAACAAAUCGACCAAGUCAAAGAGUUGUUCUAUGGGCAGACCAUAUAUUACCUCAAGUCAGAGCAGGGCGUACGGCCGAUGGAAGAAUUGUGGUGCGACAUCAAGGUCGACGUGGCGUCAGGUCCGCGCAACAUCUAUGCAGCACUUGACGGGGCGUUUGACGUCCAGAAAGUCAACGUCGACAAUACCGUUGCCGAGCGGUUCGGUACCAUCAGCAAGCUUCCUCCAGUGCUUCAGAUUCAAGUCCAGCGUGUCCAAUUCGACCACACCGCAAAGCGCUCAUUUAAGUCCACCCAUCAUCUCGGCUUGGAGGAGACCAUAUACCUUGACCGGUACCUGGAUACCAAGUCGCCAGAACUUAUGGAGAAACGGCAACAGAGUUGGAAAUGGAAAGCGCACCUGAAAAGACUUGAAGCUCGGCAGUCAGAAUUACAACACGCCACAGAAGAUGGCAAGGUUGAUACGCCGGCGUUGCUCGACGAGGCCAGCAGAAUUCUGUCGGAUCUCGAGAGCAUCGCCGAAGACACAGGCUUUGCUGAAGAUGAGGUGUCAUCUGCAUUUGUAGAAGCUACACAGACUACAGAACCUCCUGAAAAUACAGACUCCACCGGAAAUGUUGCCGAUAUCGAUACCGUCAAGCUUCGCGCAGAGCUAGACCGGCUGUCCCAAGCAGCUCGCGCUGAAUUGACACAUGUACAAGACGAGAUCGAAAGAACUCGAACGAUGAUAGCCGAGCAAUUCAAUGAGCAUAAGAACGAGGCAUAUCGUCUGUAUGCUGUGUUCAUUCACCAAGGCUCCGUUGAGUUCGGCCAUUACUAUAUCUACAUCUUCGACUUCGAUCGCAACGUAUGGCGGAAGUACAAUGAUCAGGAGGUCACCGAAGUGUAUAAUGUGGAUGAGAUCUUCCGGGACCAGGGACAAUUCAAUCCUCCCACCCCUUACUUCCUUGUUUACGUCAACGACCAGAUGAAGCAUGAAUUGGUCGAUCCUGUGCGCAGAGAACUACUUGAGAUGGCUCCUGAGACUGGCUUUCCUACCAUGAGUCAAGCCACGGACGCGGCGCCGUUGAGUGAGGAUAUGGAUAUGAACCCGCCGUCAUAUGAUACGAUUUGGGCCGACCAGAGCAUAUCAGGUACGGGCGCCGAUCACCCCAUGCAGGAGGAAAAGGCCCCUAUCGACGCAGAUUACAGCACUCAUCCUAACUUACGUGACGUGGCGUGGUAGACCCCGGGGAUGCAGCGCCAGAGCGACACCCAACGCCUAAUCCACUGAAGCGCAAGGGCUUAGAUGAUACCAUGGGAUGAUAGGAGCAUAGGAGCUAACAACCAGAGCUCAUCGGUAUGAAUCUACCGCUCAUUGCUUACGGGUCGUGGAGACUGCUUUACCGGGAUCGAAGGGUUGGUCAUCUUCGGCUGAGCGGGGGAUUUGCUAUCGACUUGACAAUGCAGAUAAGAUGCCGUGUUUGUUUCAUGCUCAGUACAAUAUUCUUUGCAAAUGCAUUUGGCGGAUCUUUUAUGUAUGUUUGCUGUAAAUAGUUAGUGCGAUUCAGCGUC